CAAGGCAUAAUGAUGAAAUUUGAUGUCCGAGAAGCUUUCGCUAACCACAAAAAGGAAACUUUUGUCCUUUUGAUAAUCUCUGUAACUGUCAUUGCCUUCUUUUGUCUUAUCAAAGAGUCAAACGUGGAUUUGUCGGUGGGUCUUGUGGUAGAAACGUGGAGUCAGGACAUAACUUCACCAGACGAGGACUUGAUAGCAAAGAAUAAUACAAUUUAUGAAGACAGCAAUAACCGUACAACCAGCACACCUACAACCAGCAGUUAUCCAGCCAGCAGUUCUUCUACCAUCAGUUAUUCAACCACGAGUUCUUCAAGUUCAACAACCAGUCCCUCAACCAGUAGUUAUUCAACCGGCAGUCCUCCCUCUGAUGAUAGCUUGAACCUGGAACCCCCGUCCCAAGAGUGGGCUCAUGCUCAGUUCAGCAAAAGCAUGGCAUUGUUAAACGUCCGAUACGAUCCUCCUAAUCAUUGGGAACUGUGCUCGAUCAGAACAUACUUUUUCCCAAAAAUAAACACAAUUUUUACGGGAACGCCUAAAACGGGGUGUUCCAAUUGGAUAAUUUCUUUGCUAGAAGCGGAGGGGGAACUGAUGGAUAGAGAGAUCGACCCCUCCAGGGUCGCUUUUGUGCACGGCCGUAUGUCUAAAAAUCGUAGGAUUAAACAAAUGCUGGAUGACAAUCGUGUUACAAAAACAGAGUUAGAGAACGCAUUCAGUUUUGUAGUUGUCCGUAAUCCGUGGACAAGGAUGGUUUCCGGAUUUCGAGACAAGUUAUCAAAUGAAAUCACACAAGGAGGUAGUUUCAGAGGUAUUGGGAUGCACAUUAUCCGGGAAAUGAGAGGUAUAACAGAUCCAGUACUGGUUGAAAAACUUUACCCAACAUUCGCAGAGUUUGCCCAGUAUCUGAUUAAGAAGGAGGGUUACAGAUGUGAUGCACAUUUCGCCCGUCAAACCGUAACACUUUGCACCCCCCACGUGAUGUAUGACUUAAUUGUUCCUCUCGAACAUUCCACUCGACUCAGCCAAGAGGUUUGGAGUAGGAUAAACGCGACUGAUACUCCCCUCCUGGGAUCCUACGACAAAUCAUCCGAUCCUCGUUUCCAGAAAUCCACUCUGUUCGCCAAACAGUGGCUCAAGGACUUGGGCUCAGAGGUUACGGAUAAGCUCUACCAUAUUUAUAAAGCCGACUUUGCUCUGUUGAACUAUAGUAACUUUACUCAUCCCGAUUUUCCAUUACCUCUACAUAGCUGA